AUGCACAACUGCUAUCUCUCAUUGAAUCUUCAUCUCAAAAUCUCUAUCACUUUCCUCUGCAGAACCUCCAUCACCAUAAUCAUUCUUCACUGUAACUUCAUUCUUCAACAACCCCUUGUUGUUCCUCAAUCAUCAUCGUCCUUGCCACUUUGCAGCACAACAUCAAUACUAGAUCUUCAUCCCCCAUUCUUCGCUAUAGCAACAUCUUCAUCAAUUUCACACAUCAGAAGCAGCAAUACGCAUCACAAAACACACAAGAAGAAAUCGUAUCGACAGAAUCGAAGAAUAGAAGAAGCAAAGGGAAGGGUGAAACACCUGUCGAGCAUGAGCUCGUUGGGAACUCACUUUCCCUAUCGUGGCACAACCCUCAAGUCUUCAAUCGGGUUCACCUUGCAUUCGUUCUUGCUCGAUUGCACACGCUUUGUCUUCUCUGAUCUAUGCUCCCUCCAUCAAAGUUCAAAUUCACGAGUUUAG